CACCCCUCGAUAACUCACAAGUUUUCUCUCGGCGCAUUUCAACUCAAACUUGCUCACUGUCACGUGCAGGUCGCCAGCCCCUUUUCUCUUAUAUACAAGACAAACCUCCCAGAUGUUCAAGGCAAGUAUCAUAUUUCUAUUUCGUCCUUUCUUCGCCCCAUAGCCGCUUGUUUUGGUAAAUCCUCCCUGAAAGACAAGAUAUAAAAUGGCUCUCGAGAAAUCCCACAACCAAGACGACGGUCUAUCAAACACCAGUACCAUAGCCCCCAUAGAUUCCAUUCCUCAGGACCCUUCAUUAUCAUCAUCAUCAUCCUCCCCAUCCUCAGCCAGCAGCAACUUCCGAUUCCCGAUCUCUGAGCUGCCCUACGAGAUCCGGCAAUUCAUCUACAGAGAAUACCUCCAGCAGCUCCCGGAGUGCCGCAUCACAUGCAGCAACGCCCUCCACGGACUCCAUCACGAGACGGCCCUCGCGCUCGCCUCACCCUUCUUCGCAUGCGAGCUCUCGCCGCGGCUCUUCCACGACGUCUCCGCAUUCUCCUUCUCCCGGGGUGAAGAUCUCAAGAUGUUCAGCUCCGCAGCGGCGCGCGCCGAGACGGUGCGAACAGUUAGGAUCUGCUACGGCCCGCCGGAACCGCAGGAUCGGGAUUGGGUGUUCCUGGCGCAGUCGUGCUUUUGGGCGUUGGAGGAGCUGACGUUUGUCCUGGAGGGCGAGUGGGCCGGCUUGUUUGCCUCGUGGUGGGAGAUGCUGGUUGAUGCUGUGGGCGAGGGCAUGUCGAAUCCCGGGAGAGGAGCGUUGUGGUAUAUCUUUUUAAUUUGAUUCUUUUUGUGCCAGGAGAAAAAGGGGGAAAAGGAGACAGGGAGGGAUGAGAAUGAUGCAGUUGAGGAAGCAUGGCGCUCUCAGGCUCUGGACUACGAGGCGAGACGUCGAUAUCGAGCCUUGCAUAGAUCCCGAAUAUGAUAUAAUAGAGGGAAUCUCUGGCAGUUAGCAUCAAGGAAAUCAAGGGAGUCGAGGAUGC